AUGUGGUUCAUCGUGUUCGCAUUAGCGGUGGCCGUUUUGGUGGCGGGGGACCCACCGGGGCCAUGGUGGGGUAGCGCAGUGUAUUACAGGAUCCUGGUCGACUCCUUUAAGGAUGGCGACGGUGAUGGCUUGGGCGAUUUGUUAGGUGCGGCGAAACAGAUGAGCUACGUGCGGGCGCUGGGCGCCGACGCCGUCAUUCUCACGCCGCUCUCUUCUAAGAGCACGGACUGCAGCCAGCCGGGAACCAUCGACUUGAAGCAGAUAGAUCCUCGGUACGGUGAUGUGGACAAAUUCGUCAGCCUCCUGAAGAAGGCCAGCAAACUGGAGCUUAAAGUGGUAAUUACGUUGCAGUUAGAAACAAUUAGCGUUGCGUCCGAAUGGUUUAAGUUGAGCGCAGGCCGCGCCAGGGGAUACGAAGACAUGGUCCUGUGGAAGGAAGACGAGACACGAGCGAGGCUCGCAACGCCUCCUCACGGUGCAAAGAACAACGAAGCUGUGUUGAAUUUAUGUUCGGAGAACACUGCCGCCGCUCUCGUGGAAGCCCUGUGCGUCUGGCUCAAAAGGGGAGUGGCUGGGGCAGUGCUGAAGGUAGAUCACCCCCCGGAUCUUGGAUGCAGCGCGGCAUUGGUGAAAUCACUUGCGAUGGACGCCGUCAGGUGUGCACGCAGCGCUAACUUGGAGGUGCCCGUGACCGUCGUGGAGACAGCGCUGGACGCCGCUGCGGCCGAGCUGUACGCGGAGGCCGGCGCCAAUAGCGUGAUAAGUAAAGCGCUGACGGCGCUGGAUAGACCGAGCGCCGCUGGCUUGGCACUGGCAAUGCACGCGACCGUGUUGUUCUCCCCGCAAGAUGGGCCGGCUUGGACGACCAGCGAGACGGACGAAAAUCGCAUAGCGACCAGGUACGGCAGCGACAUAGUGGACGCCAUUAACAUGCUGGCUUUGACCCUACCCGGGGCUGCCAUCAUCCAACAAGGUGAUGAGCUCGGCGCGGCAGACACGCUCCUGGAAUGGUCUACCACUACAGACUGUUGGCCAGUUAAGAUGACCCCCGCCGCUGCACCGUUCCCUUGGGACGACGGGCCUAGCGCGGGGUUCUCGACGGGACAACCCUGGCUCCCUAUUGCACCGAACUAUAGAUACGCCAACGCUAAGACGGAAUUCGCUAAUGAUUUUAGCCACGUUGGUGUGCUGAGGGUCGCUGCUGCAAUGAGGAGGUCCCCGGCUAUGGGUCCCCAUGCAGAGAUACAACGCUUGGGAGAUGCAAUCGCAAUAUUAAGAUGGGGUGGCGCCGGCUCUCUGCUCAACGUUGCCAACUUGGGCCGAGGUGCCGUCGACGUCCAGCUGUCCAAGAUUCCUGGUCUGCCGUCCGUCAUGUCGGUAGCAGCCAGCUCUAGCGGUUCGAGCGUGUCCAGCGGGUCCCACGUGACCAUAGAUAGGGGCAUUAGACUCAACGCGGGCGAAUCGGUCCUAAUGGCCGGACCGCCCAGACAUUGUGGUGGGCCCGGACCGGUGGACAAGAUCGCCAACAAGCUAUCCGAGGGUUGGCAGAGGAUCAACAAGUACUUCAGCGGUGCA